GGGUUCCAACCUCACCAAAAGAGGGAACUUCGGGUGUCUCUACUUCUCCUUCAAGUCCUCUCUCAAUCCCCCCUUCUCCUUCCUUCUUACCACCCAAAAUCCAACAUGGUAUCAGAGUUGAAUUCUUGAGGGAUCUGUGAGAGUUUGUUUUUUGAGGGAACACCAGAAAAAAAACCCACCUUUCUCAUUGCUUUCAAACGGUUCUUCAUGUGAAACCCCUCUUGCUUGGCCAAAAUCUUGCAGUUAAAAAAGCUGUGAAGAUGAAGGCAUAUGUUAGUCCCACCAUGGGAGAUGUCAAGGAAAGGAAAACUAGAUUCAAAGAUAAGGUGUUCAUGUUUGUUUCCAAAAUCAGUCCAAAAGGCAAAUCAUGGUUGAUGGAAUGGGAAGCUGAGCACAAGAACUUUGUUUCAUGCUUUAAUGCCAAGGUGAAGUUUGGUGGAGCUAUGGCAUGAAAGCUGAAAAUGCAAUCAAAUGAAAUUUGCUAAAUGAUGCUGCAACAUGACUGCACAGUAGCUGAUAGCAGCGUGGAGCUUCACAUGGCAACAAGAGAUGACAGAAAACUUCAUCAUUUUAGUCAAUGGUUUAGGUAGUUAAUAAUUAUUGUAUCAUGUAAAAAAAUAUUAUUAUUUUAUGUGUAGCCUUUCUCUAUAAAAAGGAAUGAAGAAAUUGAAGAAAAUUGAGAGAGAGAAAGCAUGGUUUUUCCUCUCCGGUUGGGUGAAUGUUUGCACCCUUCCGUGUUUAUGGCUUUAUGUUCUAUGUUAUGUUGUGUUGAUUUUGCUAUAAAUAGCAGAAUAUCAA